AUGUCACAGUCGAUUGAAUUCAGAAGGCACAUUUAUUAUGAUACUAAAUGUAUAAAAAAAUCCUUGUGUUGCAGUGAUAAAUCGGUCGUGGAAAGUUUUGUUGGAUUCAUUCAAGAUGUUGUACCCCAGGCCUACUCUGGGACACAGAGAACGGACGAAAGGGAAAAGAUCGUCUGGGCAAAGUUCGAGCGAUGCGACAUCAACGAUCCAAAGUUACGACCAGAGAUAGGACAUCCUGACGGGGUGGCGCCACCUCUACUGCUCGUGAUUGGUUACGUGAACGGAGUGCAAUUAUGGUGUCUGAUGUCGACGGGCGAUGCACAAGAGGUGCUGUCGCUGCGGCAGGGGCCUGUGAAGGUGUUAAAGGUGUUGCCCACACCUGAGCCAGUGUUUGGAGUUGAGGAUGCGUAUGCGGAGUCACGCCCUCUGGUGGCCAUCUGUGAUAGUUCUAGCGCCGGGCCGCCAUAUUGCUCCGUCUGCUUCGUCUCGCUGAAGACGGGAAAUCAAGUGAAAAGCAUCAAGUUUCAGAGUCCGGUCGUUGACAUCGCCUGUCACAAACGGGUCGUCGUGGUGACAUUUAGGGAGAAGAUUGCGGUGUUCGACGCUUGUACAUUCCGCGAGAGAUUCUGCGUCACAAGUUGCUACCCGGCCCCAGGACCGAUCAUCAACCCUAUCGCACUCGCCACCCGAUGGCUAGCCUACAGCGACAAGCGGCUGGUACCGAUGCAUCAGUCAUGUGGAGGUGUUACGGGGGACGGAGUACAGUCGUACGCUGCCACGGUGAUAUCAGCUGCCAAGACGAUAACUAAAGGCUUGACCAUCUUCGGGGAGACUGUGGCAAGCAGUCUGACGGGAGCGAAGGCGGCGGCGGCGGCCAAUGAGAAGUCGUCGCGAAACGACCUGAUGCCGGGAGUGGUGACGAUAGUGGACAUCCAGACCGCACAGGGAGAGGUGAUUGCACCGGACAUUUUCGCCACCUUUGACGGUCGCAAGACGGCGCCCGGCCACCUGUACGCGAGGCGUUACGUUCACAACGCGAACCUGCUGAACAACUCGAUGAACAACCCCGCCGGCUGCCCGCCGUAUCCGCACCAGCGCACGGUUCAGAAGAGCAACGGUUCGCCGACUACGUUCACGGAUCCGAUCUGUGUGACUGCGUACUUCGCUCCGACACGCGGGUGGUUCCCUGGAUCCGCACUGCCCAGAGAAGAUCAGAGCCGUCACUUUGACUCUCUGUACGUGUUCGGCUGUAACGGCAUCCUGGUGGAGCAUCCGCUCGAGCCUCGCGCCCCGCCCGCGCUCACCAAGCUCACCGAGGAUUCGCCCCUCGACCUGAAUCUCAGCACCAGUAACAGUCUGUGA